AUGAACGGCAUAUUUAUCGCAGACGUCAUUGUUUAUCUUAUUCUCCUUCCGGUAGCAAAUUAUCUAUUCAUCAAGCAUCGAUGGACUGGCUUCUUGGCAUGGUACUUUGUCAACCUUUUCUGCUUGGCUCGAAUUGCCGGUGGUGCUUUGGGCCUUCAUGACAGCAGCAGCAUGGCAGCCAAUGUCAUUCAAAGUGUUGGCAUUACUCCUUUGAUUCUUGCAGCUGAUGGGCUCACACAUGAAGCUCGUGCUUUUCGCUUCAAAAAUCGCUCUUCUCUUCUCAGCUGGUCUGUUGUGUCGACUACAACAAUUGUCUUGGCUGUCGCUAUGAUCCUCUCGGUGACAGGCUCCUUGAACAUUUUCGAAGGUCACGGAAGCUCGUUGGAUCUGACCAAGUGGAAGGCUGGAAGUGUUGUCACUGUAGUAGUCUGGGCCUCUCAGGUCCUUUGGGCGGCUAUCAAUCUGGUUCGCAAAGGAAAGGGAUAUGGUGCAGGUCACCCGGAAAGCACACUGCUUUUGCAAGGUACCCUCGGAGCGCUGGUGUUCAUCGGCAUUCGUGUAAUUUACACACUUGUCGCGGUAUUGACCCAAAACAAGAAUUUAAGCCCAAUCACUGGAAGCAUUCCCGUCCGUGUCGUACUUAUGUUUCUUCCCGAGUGCGCGGCUGCUUUGAUUUUCACAUUUGUGGGACUGAAGACACGGCACCUCCGUGAUAUCAAAAAGAAAGCCCACUACGAAAGUGCUCCGUCCAAUGAGCAUGAGGCACUUGACGCUGUAGUGCCCAAGUUUAACGUUUGA